AAAGCUUCAGUUGAUGUGUGGGUCUAUCUCCUUGCUGUGUGCUCCUAGCACUGAGACCUGCUUGAAAUAAGGCUGCAUGGAAGAGCCUGCUCUGCACUUCAUGGCCUAUUCAAUACAAGCUAAUGCAAUAGAUAAACAGUACUAAACUGGGUUAUGCAGACUCUCUGGAGCCUUUGUUGAAGCUGCUGUGAAAAAAUGGAGAGCUUAGCUGAUUCAAUUUCUGCUCAUUUCUGUACAGGUCUCAUGCGUCAUGGCUUUACUAGGAAUUGAAGAGACAUCAGGGACAGCUUCACUAACAGGAAAGGAGAGUGCAGACUUCACUGAAGAUGGAAUUAGAAGCCAUUCAGUUGGAAGAAGCCCAUGUUCAUAAUGUUUAUAAGCAAACAGCACCAUACUUCAACGAACUCCGAAGUAAGGCAUGGCCCAGCGUCCGACAGUUUCUCCUGGACCAAGAACCAGGCAGCCUUAUCGCUGAUGUUGGUUGUGGAAUUGGAAAGUAUCUUAAUGUUAACAGCCAGGCUUAUAAACUGGGCAGUGACUAUUGCAGCCCCUUGGUGGAAAUUGCCAAAAGACAUGGACAUGAAGCCCUGGUUUGUGAUAACCUAAUUCUUCCGUUCAGGGAUCAGUGUUUUAAUGCAAUCAUCUCUGUUGGAGUGAUUCACCAUUUCUCAACAAAAGGCAGGCGUAUACGAGCAAUAAAAGAAAUGACAAGGACUUUGCACCACGGAGGACAGAUGAUGAUUUACGUGUGGGCAAUGGAACAAAAACACCGCCACUUUGAAAAACAGGACAUCUUUGUUCCUUGGAACCGAUCCUUGUGUUCUCGACCGUCAUCAGAGUCUGGUCAAGGCCACAACAAACCCAUAACUGCGAACACAGUCAAAGCACAAGAUAAAGAUCAAAUGAAAACAGAUCCAACUGAGGCCAGUGCAAUGUUGUCUCUCAGGCAGGAUCAACACACAAUACUUUCAUACAGAACUAACAACCAUACCUUGCUAGAAAAUUGCUGCUCCAGGAUGUCUGAAGAUCAAGAGCAUCCAUUUUACAAGAAUCUAGGUAAGUCGCUUUGUUCAUGGUUCUUUUCUAAAUCUCUUGACGAGGCUGCAAUGCAGACACAUAUUGAUCACUUUAAAUCAAUGAGGAAAUCACCUGAGGUCAUCCACAAGUGGAGGAACAACGUACAGCCUGUGGGGAACUUGGGUUUACCUUCUAGGCACUGCAGCUUGGACGGAGAUUGUCCACCAUUAACGAAGAGAGACAGUUUUGAAGAUGAAGUAUUCACUGAAAAUCCAAACCAUAAAGAAUCACAAUGGUUAGAGAGCAGUUUGAAAGAGAAGCAAGGGAGCCAUCAAAGUGAAUCCUGUAGACAAGAGAUCCUAAAUCUAUGUCAGGCUAACAGACAGAUUUUUCAGAAAAAUGAUGAAGCAACAAGAUCCAAGGAAAGUACAAGUUCUUUUAAGAGGACAUCCGCCACAGAGUCACCAGAUUCUGGGAUUGACAGUACCAGAUCUGUGGCUUUGGAUGAUAAGCAGGAGGAAUUUGCGGAUGCUACAGAAUUAAUGAGAUAUUAUCAUGUCUUCAGGGAAGGAGAAUUGGCUCAGCUAAUUGAAGAGAAUGUACAAGAACUUCACAUCCUCAAUUCUUCUUAUGAUCAUGGCAAUUGGUGUAUUAUAGCAGAAAAAGAAUGAUGCGCCCAGAUUACAAACUGACAAACACGUUUUAAUGCAAAAUAAAAGUGGCAACUCUUUAAUCUACUAAAUUUUAAUCGCACAUUGCAACCAGACCAUUUGUAACUCCUAUUAUGCCCAUGAUAAGCACAAUAUUGAAUAUGUUAAACAUUGAUAAUGCUAAAAAUUUAUUACAAUGCCCAGGUAUUUGUGCAAUUGAAUUUGACAAAUAUAAUUGGUCAGCAUUUUCAUCAUAUGUUCUCAUGGGUGCAACUUGAAUUGAAGCAAAGCAUGAGUGCAGAAGGUGCUAACAGGUGCUUGGUGUUAUCAUUACCAUUUCCAUUUUGGUUAGAGAAUACAUUUUAGGGCCAAGCAGUAAUGUGUUAUAAGGACAUUGAAAAAUACCAUUUCACAAGGGCCAAGAGACUUUACACAUCAACAGUGAUGUCACAAUAACCCUGGUCUCAAGAGUUGCAUAGGAGCAACAUCCCUCCAAUGCAGUGAGAAUGCCACCUGGAUCUCUUUCAGCCCAUAUUGCUGUUCCAGUUUGUUGCUUUAUGAUAAAAGCAAAAUCGUGCAAAUGCUGGUAAUUGUAUGAUGAUUGACGGUUAACUGCCAAACUUUGUUUAAAUUGAAACCAGAAAAGUUGACUCUGGUCAAGGCAUUGUUCUGGGAAAUUAACCAGAAAGCGGCUGUCUGCUGGUUUUUACUGAAUUGAAGUAGGUAGCUUCCAGUAUACACAAGUGUGUCACUUUGUAAUCCUGAUUGACAAUCUUAAAUUGGUUGCCAGCACUAUUCUUAGCACACUCAUAAUUAUUUAGCAAAUGCUGUCCAAUGGUGGAAUCACCCUAUGUUUUUCAGUUUGGCAAGCAGAAUACUAUUGGGUAUUGUCAACAUGUUGCCGGUUACGAACAACCAAAAGAAUAGAUUAUUUACUAAAAUUAGCUAGCUUUUGGGAUGUAUGGCUUACCUAUCUAGCAUUAUACUUGCACUGUCUGUUUCAGCAAUACUCAAAUUCAAUCAAUUGAUUUGAAUUCAAUAUUCAAUUUGGUUGCGUGGCUUGAGCCUAUUGAAGCACAGUUCAUUGACAAUAUAUAACACAGGGUGAGAUUGGUCAUUAGAAGUGUUUUCUGAUUUGCUCCCUGACUGCUGGCUAGUCUCAAGAGAGCACAAUUCUUGGAUUUCAAUUUAAUUUUCAAAGUCCACUUUGAAUGUUAAUUUUCAUUCUAAUCUCACCACAAAGCAGACCAAAUACAUAUAGUUCUUGAGUAUUACAUGAUCUGCAUUGAUAGGUUUUUGUCUUAUCUCACCCCCAACAUAACAACAUUGUGUAGAAUACUCCUAACACCAUGGUCGAGGAGAGAUUAAAAUUUAAUACAAUUUUCCUUCUUGAACUUUGUGGCAAUAUCCUCAACAUGAUAUCAAUACAAUUUAGCAACUGCAAUCCUUUAAUAGAUCCAUACCCAUGUAUUCACAGUUGGAGGAAUCUAAUAAUAAUAAUAAUAAUAAUAAUAAUAAUAAUAAUAAUAAUAAUAAAUAUAAGAUGGCCACGUUUAAUACCAGAAGUGAGUUCAGGAGAAAUGCCUUUACCCAGACAAUGAUUAACAUCUGAAGUGCACUACAGCAGAAAAUAGGUAAAGUGAAAAGAUAACUGAUUGAAUGAAUAUAUGAGCGGUGGGCAGAAAGGAAUGGAUGGAUAUGAAGGAGAGAGUUAAUUGAAGAAGAAUGGGAACAGGUUGAUGCAUACCAUAUAGGCAUUGACCAAUUAGUCCAUUUGGUGUGGUUUGAUGAUACAAAUUCGACAUAAAUAAUUCUGCAACAAAUGUACAAAUACUGCACAAGUCACUUCAUACAAUAUUAGUGUAUAAAUAUAUUUAAUAGGUUUGCAUCUAUAUUGUAAAAAUAUGAAAUAGACUCAAAAUAUAACCUCUCUUUAAUUAUUUCCAAUAUAUAAUAUUGAACAUAAAAUUUUACCACAGAACAUAUUGGUUUACACAAUGAAUAAAAUUCAUGAUCAAAAUGCACUGUAUGAAGCCAACACCAGGAAUGUGUCCUGCUUUGAAGCAUUCCGACUAACUCCUUUAUUUAAGCAAUUUUUUUUUCACUGAAAUGAUGUUUCCUCAUGCAGGUAUCAUUUGUCUUACACAGUCUAGAUUCUGUUAGAUUUUGUAAGAGUAUCAGGAUAGAUCAACAUUUUUUCUCUGUCACAUACUUAGGAAAGGUUAUUAUUUCCAGAAACCAAAUGAUAGCAUUGCAAUAUUUUGCAGUUUUAAGUAAUAAGCAUAUUAUAAUUGAUGUUGUGCUGUUUUAGAUUUGAGUUAGGUUCAAAAUAGGAUAAUAUUAUAAGUAAUAGUAUGCAAGUAGUAUUUUGUAAUUUUUCAGUA